UGACCCCCCAGGGCUAAUUUUGCCGAUUCCGAAAGCUUUCACCGCUUCGGCGUUAUUUAUAUUGUAAAUAUUAACCCGUGAGCGGGCCUCACGAUUUCAAAAAUUAAUGAUUCACGAUCGCGCCCAUAACGCCCGGGGUAACGCCGUUCGAACGUGCCAAAAAGGAAAACGAUACCGAGGACUCGAUAUUGGAUAGAAAAUGAGCCAAAUUCACGCUCCAUUUUCCCCCCUUUCCUGGACGUUGGUCAAGAAGAUUGGGAAAACCUCUUUCGAAAUGGUAGCUGCAUCUGGCCGACUGUGAACGUUAAAUCGCAUCGGUGAUAAACACAUAUUUGCAUCCUUGCUCUGAAAAUGCUGAUAUUACCAGCCUGGCUGCUGGAAAAGUGAAAUCUUUGGCCGAGAUGAAAACAGGACGGUGCAAAGGCACCUGCUCGAAAAAAGCAGACAUGGAGAAGACAUGGGAGAUGCUUUCGAACCGCGACUCCUUCUUGAAGGUGCUCGACGACGUCGAUGAGGUUGAGUCAUGUAACAAGCAAAUCGGCUUGCAGUUGAUCACUAGAAAGUCGACACUGGGAAAAUUAUCAAACCUGUUUUCACUCCACUUCAGCAAGAAGGACAGGGUGACUUUCGACGCUUGCGCCUUGUUCAAAGUUGACUAUCCACUGCUGCAUGCUAUGUUAACCGGAAGUUGGGCUUAUUUGACGAUAUUGUUGCAAAUGAAAAAAAGUUAAAAAAUGAUAGAAAUCAAAUUAAAAAGUGGCAUAAAAUGAAAUGGGAACA